UUGUCAAAUUCCAUCUGCCGUGCCGUAAACGAAUGUGUCGACUUUGAAGCAAGUUUUUUCGUGAUUGGAAAAUUUUAAUUAAAAUAUCAAAAUAACUAGCAACUGCUUAAUUCAGAACGUAGUACAGACAAUGUCUCUGCCAUUCAAUACCAAGAACAUAGCCAAAAAGCUGGUUUUGAGUAAAUGUUACAACCUUUGGCGACCUUACGUCAGUUCUACAACUCCAAGCGGGGACAGUCCGACAUUUAACGUUCCUUCAAAGGAAAUCGUAACGCCACUGCCACCGUUGUCAGAACCAAUUCCAGAUUUGGCCCCAGUUCAGUACGCACAGCCGGACGAUCAAAGCAAUGUCACACAGGUGACCCGGCUUCCGAAUGGGCUAAGGGUUGCGUCAGAAAAUCGUUUCGGUCAGUUUUGUACUGUUGGUGUUGUAAUUGACUCGGGACCUCGCUAUGAGCUGGCCUAUCCCAGUGGAGUUUCACAUUUUCUAGAGAAGCUCGCUUUCCAGUCCACGGAGUCGUUCGCAGAAAAGGACAUCAUUUUCAAGGAACUGGAAAAACACGGUGGAAUUUGUGAUUGCCAAAGCUCUCGGGACACAUUCAUAUAUGCGGCUAGCGCGGACAGUCGUGGGUUAGAAUCGGUCACCCGGAUAUUGGCUGAUGUAGUGCUGCGACCGAGGCUUGCCUCCAGCGAAGUGGAUCUUGCCCGACAGACGGUCAAAUUUGAGUUGGAAACCUUGGGUAUGCGCCCCGAACAAGAGCCUAUUCUAAUGGAUAUGAUUCACGCUGCUGCCUUCCGCGACAAUACCCUUGGGCUGCCAAAGUUGUGCCCAGCAGCGAAUGCCGACAACAUCGAUCGGAAUAUGCUGCUAGCCUAUCUGAGGCAUCAUCAUUCCCCAGAUCGAAUGGUGCUGGCGGGUGUUGGUGUGCCGCACGAUGAGUUGGUUCAACUGGCUGAAAAAUUUUUUGUUGAUAAAGCCGCAACUUGGGAAAAAGAAGAUAUUACGGCUAAGCAUCCGGCCGGUGUGGAUACUUCCGUAGCGCAAUAUACCGGUGGUUCGAAGCUGGAAGAAUGUGCCAUCCCGGUUUACGCUGCAGUUGGGCUACCGGAACUUGCUCAUGUAGUAAUUGGGUUACAGGGGUGUUCCCAUCAGGAUAAAGAUUUUAUCGCAGCUUGCGUGUUGAAUAUUAUGAUGGGUGGCGGAGGAUCUUUCUCUGCUGGUGGCCCGGGGAAGGGAAUGUACACUCGGCUAUACACAAAUGUUCUUAAUCGAUAUCACUGGAUGUACAGUGCAACGGCUUACAAUCACUCCUACGGCGAUAAUGGUUUGUUCUGCAUUCAUGCCACCGCUCCCCCAACGCACGUUAAAAAUCUUGUUGAAGUUAUCACUAAAGAGUUGUUCACAAUGCAAUGUCGCCCUGGAGAACAGGAAUUACGUCGAGCCAAAACACAGCUCCAAUCUAUGCUGUUGAUGAAUCUGGAAGCACGUCCGGUUGUAUUCGAAGACAUAGGUCGGCAAGUGUUAGCAACUGGAGAGCGAAGACGUCCAGAACAUUUCAUUAAAGAAAUAGAGAAAAUUACCGCGGAAGAUAUUCAGAACGUAGCCAGACGGUUUCUCUCAUCACCGCCAGCUCUGGCAGCCCGCGGUGAAAUUAAGGGCAUUCCCGAUGUAAAGGAUAUCCAAACAGCUCUAACCAGUGAAGGCCGAUUACCUGGUAACCGACGAUUAACGUUGUUCCGGUAAACCUGUGGCACAAUUCUAAACAGCCCAAGUUUAAUCCCAGUCAACCAGAAUCGAAACUGUGAGUAAUGUUAGGUUUAAUCAUUAUACUAUUUGAAAAUUGUUUAAAAUAUAAAUAUGAAAUCAGGGAAAUAUUUGUCUGAAAUAAAUUAGUCCGAACGAUUUCAGUUACAA